AAAUCUUCAAUCCUAUUUGACAUCUCUUUUCUUGGGUUUUGUUAGGGUUUUUCUCCCAUUAGAUUAGACCGUGACAGAGAGUGGUUCAGAUUCACGUUUCACUUACCAGAAAGGAAAUUAUCGGAUAAUCAAUGGAUUCUUCUUCUCUUAACUCCCCUGAAUUGCAGCAAUUUAUCAGUCAAGAAAAGGAGAAGGCUAUGGUUAAUGAAAUGAUUGCGAAGCUUACAACUGUUUGCUGGGACAAAUGCAUCACAGGCACUCCUGGGAGCAAGUUCAGUUCUAGCGAGUCGUCUUGUCUCACCAACUGUGCUCAACGUUACAUGGAUAUGAGUCUCAUCAUCAUGAAACGCUUCCAGAACAUGCAGUGAAAUUAAAUCUGUGUCUCUGAGUGACUUUUCUUGAUCUCUAAAGCUUAUUCUUAGUAACCUUUUUGCUACUUCUACCAAGUGAGAUGUUGGUUAUAUUUUUGCUAGUAAUGUUAUGAAUUGAUAAUUUCCUGGCGAACCAAAAGGGCUGCAACUUACAAGUUUUUGCCUUCAA